AUGCCAUCCGUGACCGACACGUCGGUUAGACGUCGGCGACGCACGCGUGUGUCGCACUUUGGCGAGCCAUCCAGCGACCACACCCGGUCGACGGCCGAAGUCACGCAUGCCACCCCGUCGGACCGGUCGAAUCUCGGCAGCGGGCCCUUCAACUGCUUUAAGGCCCCGGAAUUCUUCCCCGCCAUGGAGGACUUUCAAGACCCGCUGGCCUACAUUGACUCCAUUCGCCAGGACCCGACGGUCCUGCGAGCUGGCAUCCUGAAGAUCGUCCCCCCGCCGGAGUGGACGGCCAAGUUCGCCCCGUCAUCGCUGCCGCUCGAAGAGCUGUCCCGGCUGAGCACCAUGCACAAUGGGAAGCUGGUGCCGACCCCGAGCAGUCGCCUGCUGGGCCGCCUGUUCAAGACGACCUUCUUGACGCGCAAGCAGACACUCAGCAUGCUGAACAUCCGCUUUCGCGCGCGCAACCUCUUCUUUCAGGCAAUUCGCGACUACUGGUACAAUGGCACGCAUCUGUGCAUCUCGCGGCAGUAUCUCCAGCCGGAUGCGCCGCUGUGCGGCCAUGCCCAGCGAUUCAGCUUCUCCCAGUCCGACCAUUCCACCCUCCUGCAGGGGGGCUUGACUGUGGAUCGGACCCAGGAUCCCCGCAGCGCGGAUGUCUACUUUUGUGCAUUCAGCCGGCCCCAAUGCCCGGUGUCUGUGCGGAUCCCCAGCUGCAAUGUGACCAUCGACCUGUGGACACUCCAUUCGCUGGUCGAGCAGUUCGGUGCCUUUGGCAAGCCCAUCCGCCACUCGGCUUGGCAUAAUGUCGCAUCGCGCCUGGUCCCGCCCACCACGCCGGACAACAUGCAAGGGGCGGAGGAACUCCUGGUGAUCAUGCAGCACGCAUAUAACAUUCAUGAGACCUGGAUUUCUCCGUUCCUCUAUUAUCUGUCCGCCACCAAGGAUCUGCUAGCCGCUGAGGGGGCCGGAGUCGCAGCCGCCAGCCCGGCUGCCACGUCUGGCGUCAUCAAAUCGGGGUCUCCCGGGUCCGGCUCCUCGACCGGCAGUCCCAUUCUCGACAAGACCUGCAGCCUGUGUCAAUCCACAUUCCGGCUGAAGGCCGGGCUGCUGCAUCAUCCGCGCCAGUUUCCCCUGACCCGGCCGCGGGCUCUUUGUUUGCAUGGGCUGCUGGCUUCCUCGUCGAGCGACCCCCUGGGCAGCAACUCGCGGUCAUCCAAGCGUCCGAAGGUCGUCGUCGAUGUCAGCCACGAUUUGAAUUCCGAUCUCCUGGUGUUCCCGGAUUCCCGGCAGGUCGAGUGCUUCGAUUGCAAGCAGCGCUACCAUGCCGGCUGUCUGCUGGCUGUUGGGUCCUCCCUGCCAGAUGAGUAUCAGUUCUCCGGGCCGAACCGCAGCACUCCGAUCGUCGUUUCCCAUGAUUGGUCUUGUCCCCUGUGCCUGAAACGCCCGGACAGUCCCUUUGGGUUCCUCGAGGGGUCGAACUAUACUCUGGAGAGGUUCCAACGCUUUUCGGAGAACUUCAUGAGGAAUUACCUUCGCAUGCACAAAAUCGAGCAGACUGCCAUCGAGGCUGACCCGGCGCUGUUGGAAACGGAGUUUUGGUCGCAUGUCGGCGACUCGGAUGGCUUCCUGGAAGUGGAGUAUGGCGCUGACUUUGAACUGCCGGAGCCGGGCCCCGCCAAUCCGGAUCCCAUCCCAUGGGACAUCGCGGGCUUUUCCACCCAGAAGGGCUCCCUGCUGCGUUAUCUCAAUGGGCACAUUUCCGGCGUCACCCAGCCUUGGGUCUACAUCGGCAUGCUUUUCUCGGCCUUCUGCUGGCACACCGAGGACCAUGAUGCCUAUUCGAUCAAUUUCAAUCACUUCGGCGCCACCAAAACCUGGUAUGGCAUUCCCUCCUCGGAUGCGCUGAUGUUCGAACGCCUGAUGAAGCAAGAGUCGCCGGAGGUCUUCAACAAGAACCCGAACCAGCUCUUCGACCUGGUGUCCAUCCUGAGCCCAUCGGUCUUGCGGGAAAAUGGCGUGCAAGUGUCCUACGCGCACCAGCGUCCGGGGGAAUUCAUCGUGACCCUGCCGCGGGCCUACCACUCCGGCUUCAACCAGGGGUUCAAUGUUGCGGAGGCGGUGAAUUUCCUGCCUCCCGACUGGGCCCCCUUCGGUCGCGAAUGCCAGGAAAAGUACAGCUUCUUCAAGAUCCCGCCGGUUUUCUCGCAGGACCGGCUCACGUACUUUGGCCUCCUGUCGUCGGCCAUGGGUCGGUCCCUUUCGUCGUAUGAAUUCCUCGUGCGCGAUUUCGAGAAAACCCAAACCCAGGAGAUCACCCGGCGCCGGGCCCUCCUUGCCCAGGGACUUGAGUUGGUCUCUUUGAGUGGGCUAGAUCCGACGUUCUGUCCGGCGCCGGAUCCGCAGAAGGGCCUCCCGGCCACGCUUAUCGCCCCGACCUCCGCUCUCGGCGAGGACCCCCAUUGCCAUUUCUGCCUCUCCCUUUGCUUCCACUCGGCGGUGUUCUGCCCGAGUAGUCGGCGCUUUGCCUGCCUGCAGCAUGUGGAUAACCUCAUGACCGCCGCGGCCGGGACUGCCCCCCUCGCCGCGGACACCAAGAGCCCCUCUCAUCCCCUGAAGCUGGCCAUUCGCCUGACGGAUCAGAUGCUGAUGGAUGCCACAGCCAUCGGACAACAACGCCUGCGGGAGCUGACCCUCUCUCAGUCUUGGUCGGCGAAGGUGGUGUCGGCACUGGAUACUCUCGGCACGCGAUGCCUGGAUACCUUGAGGCUGCUGGCCAAUCCAGACCACCCGCUGGCACAAGCCCGGGCCCCGGUCCCCAAGUCCAUGCUGCCCACCCUUCGGACCCUGCACAGGGAAAUUCCGGUGGACCCAUUGACGCACUUCAUCCAGGACUUCGUGGAACUGGCGGACUACCUGAACCCCUCGAUGCGUUCGAAGCGGGGGACCAUUUGCAGCCUGGACUUCGAGCACCAGUCGCUGGCGUCUCUGGACAGCAAAUCGAUCCCGCACAUCCCGCCGGCCAUCUUUACGGAGGGCUACUCGGUGGAUGAUCUGCGCAGGGUAGUUCACCAUGCGAAGAUCCUGCGCUUGCUGCAUCCUAGCCUGGGGUCCAUGAUCGAGCUGCUGGAUCGCGCAGAUCUGUUCAUCGCCAAGGCCGACACCUUUGUCCACACAGCACGCAUGGACUUCUCGCCGGGGCUGACACAGCCCGCGUCGGAUCCCCGACAGGCGGCGGCCUUGAGUGACAUCCCGAGCCCGGUGCAAACAACGGCCGGGCCAUUGGUCGGUCGCAUCAUCUCGGUGGCGGACAUCCUGCCACCGACAAAACGCCCAGGGGUGCUGGAAGCCGCGCAGGUCCUCUACGAGGAGGGCGUUCUCCUUCGGCUGUCGCACGUAUCGAUGGACCGGCUGGUCUUUUGGUUCCGCAUUUAUCGCUGGUACGCCACCAUCUAUCGGGUGCUGAAGGCGCCGCCAUUGCCGAGCUCCUCGCGUCUGCGGCGUCUGCUGCAGUUGCUGGACAUCUACUGCUCGGAGCUCCUGUCGGCCGAGCUGCUGGCCUCGCACUACCCCCUGGCCGCGACGCACAUCCGGCAGAAUCGCCUCACUCUGGAGGAGGCCCAUCUGCUGGAGGGGCUGCUCCGGGAUGCCGGGCAGUGGGAGGCCGAGUGCCAGCGCGCCAUCCCGGCCCUGUUGUGCCUGUAUCAGGAGCACCGGCUGCCGGUGCCGGGGCGCCUGCGUGUCGAUCACUCCGACCAGCCGGCCUACAAUCGGGACUGGUCGCCGUUGUCCUUCUCGGCGGGGCGCUUCAUCCACUUCAUCGACACGGCCUACAGUCUGCCAGUGAGUCCGGAUAUGUUGGAUACGCUGCUUGGCGCGUACACGGCCAUCGAGGAUACCUGGGAGCCGGUGGUGGCCCUGGCGCCCUACCUGGCCGACCAGCAGCCGGAGCAGUACAUUUUCCCGAUGAACAGCGCAUUCGAGAUGUUCGGUCCGCAGGCGAGCCAGGCGAUGGAAAUGCGCAUGAAGCUGGCGGCCGAACUGGCGGCCGAUCCGGUGGGGCUGCUCCAUCAGUUUGGCAGCGCCGACUCGAUGGUCCGGCUGCUGUAUCGGCACUUCCUUGGCCCGGCCGGUGCGGUGGAAGAUCUCUUUGCCCAGGCCAGCGCCAUGCUCCUGGCGCCGGAGCAAUAUCCCCGAUCGCCGCUGGUGGGGGACAUUGUCAUUUCCCAAGAGAUGGCCAGUGCGCCGAAGCAGAUUGGCUGGUGGCUGGGGCUGUGCCGGGAUUUGUUGUUCGCCCGGCCGGCCACCGGUCCGGCUGCCAAGGCGCCACCGGGCUCCGGCCAGACAACCGGCGCCGGCUCUGCCUCGGCAGUGGCCGAGGGUGGCUUGCGCGUGACGCCGGAGCUGCUGGCCUGGGCCGUCGAGCGGCAGUCCAGCGCGGCGGCCGAGGCCGACGCCGCCGACACACCGGCCGAGGGGGAGGCCCCGGAGCCUGGGCUGCCGCCGGUAUUCGGCCCCUACCCGGGGAUCACGCAUGCUGAGCGCUUUUGCCUGUUGGCCUAUCUGCAGUGGCAGGCGUGUCGCGCCAUCACGACCUUCCGGUCGGUCUUCGGCUUCGAGCCUCUUGUCGAGGUGAAUGCCGAGUCCGAGGGGGGCACCGAGCCGCCGGGGGCCAAACCCGGGGCCAAGACCUUGCCCAAGUCAUCCGACAACUUGCCUGUCCUGGGGGGCUUGCUGGCCUUCUCGCAGGUGGUGUGUGUCUGUUCUCCGGUGCCGGACAUCCAUGGCGAAGAUGACGAAGACACGGAUGAUGACAAGAUGGAGGAAGCCGACGCGGCGACCGCCUCGAGCACGGCCCAGGCUUUGCCACCGACCACGCAGUGUUCCCUGUGCCAGGUGCACUUCCACCUGUGCGCUGCGAAGCUGGGCCCGGUCGGGCCAGGCUCGGGGGGUGUCCCGGUGGGUGGUGAGGGCCGGCCGGCCGGCCGGUCCAUUUGUCUCUUCUGCCAGCAGCAGGAGGAAUGCCUGCCGGUGGAGAAUGCUGCCAGCUAUGCCACGGAGCAGGUGCAUCAGACGGAGAGGCGCCUGACGGGGUUCAUGGUGGCGACCGGCUGUGCAUUGGUUGCGCGUAGCAUCUGGCCCGAGAGCGACGUCGGCCAGUUUGACCUGACGCGGACCGUGCGCACGCCUCGCAAGGAGACCCCCUCCUAUGCCAUGGAGACCGUGAGAGGGAUCCUCACUCGGGGGUCCCUCCUGACCGUGGAGCCGGCGAGUGGUCCUGGCCCGGGGCCGAAAUACUCGGCGGCCGGGCGCCUGUACCGGGCCACCUUUGCCGGGGUGCACUCGCCGCUGGUGGUGCCGGUCCGGGAGCUGCUCUUUUCCCCGGCGCAUCUGGACCGGCUGUUCCUGCUUGCCGGCUACAGGAAGAUCCUCGAGACUCCGGAUGUGUCCUUCCUGCGCCGGGUGACUGGCUUGGCCAUGGCCGGCACCCUCCUGCCCUUCUUCCCGGCCGAGGUGUCUCUCCUUCUGGGUUCGCUGUUCCUGAAUUUGCAGCUAGCCUGGUUCUCAUCGCAGCGCUGA